AUGUCUACGACUGGCGGAGCUUUCAUUGCCGGCGGGCUCGCCGCUUGCGGCGCUGUCACCGCGACACACCCCUUCGAGACAGUCAAGAUUCGCAUGCAGUUGCAAGGCGAACUGCAACAAAAGGGCCACCAACCGCAUCACUACAAGGGACCUCUCCACGGCGUCUCAGUGAUUGUCCGCAAUGAAGGGCUCCGUGGCAUAUACAGAGGUCUGGGGACUGCGUACAUCUACCAGGUCCUCCUCAACGGCUGCCGUUUGGGCUUCUACGAGCCGAUGCGCUCCACCCUGGCCAGCGUGAUCUUCAAGGACGAGAACAAGCAAAGCUUAGGCAUCAACAUGUUCUGUGGUGCCGCCUCUGGUGUCAUUGGUGCCGCCUUUGGAAGCCCCUUCUUCCUGGUCAAGACGCGACUGCAGAGCUACUCUCCUUUCCUCCCCGUCGGUACUCAACACGAAUACCGCGGCGCGUGGCACGGGCUCAACUCCAUCUACAAGGCCGAAGGAUUCCGCGGCCUCUACCGUGGUGUCAGUGCUGCCAUGAUUAGGACUGGUUUUGGUAGCUCAGUGCAGCUUCCCACCUACUUCUUUGCAAAGAGGAGGCUGCAGAGGCACUUUGGCAUGGAGGAAGGCCCGGCCCUGCACCUGACUAGCAGCGCAGUCAGCGGCUUUGUGGUGUGCUGCUUUAUGCAUCCGCCAGGAACUCUCGCAGACACCGUCAUGUCUCGUCUGUACAACCAGAACGGCAAUCUGUACAAGGGCGUCUUUGACUGCCUGGCCAAGACGGUGCGCACCGAGGGACUGUUCGCUAUCUACAAGGGUUUCCUGCCGCAUCUGGCCAGGAUUUUGCCGCACACUAUCCUGACCUUGAGUCUGGCUGAGCAGACCAACAAGCUGAUGAGGGGUGUGGAGAGGAGUAUUCUGCCUGCGUCGAUGCUGGAGAAGCCCUGA